GUCACAAAUUCGCUUAGAACCUCCAAAAAAAACUUCACAAGAUUUAAAUUAAAAAAGCAGCUAAUCAACGUAAAAAAAUUAUCCUAUGCAUCUCAUAAUUCUUGACUGAAAUCUGAUAAAUAUCAAAAAUAUUUUAACAGAACUGAAAAAAAUAAACCACCUAAUACCAAACUUGAUCAAAUUAAACUGUAAAAAAUUUGAUAUUUUAAAAACUCUUCAGAACAAAAAUAAUAAUAAUACUUUGAAGUGAACACGACUUUUAUCCAAGAAAAAUAAGAAGCUUCUAUUUCUUGCAUGGCUCAUUCAUUAUCUUCUCAACAAUAUCACAAUCCGAAUAGUAAUAAUUAUCAACAAUGUUCACCGUCAACAAAUAGUCAUGCAACAAUGUUUAACAACUAUCAUCGAUCUCAUCGAACUGAUCAACAGCAGUUGCAUGGAAAUUAUCAGAAACAGCAACAACAACAACAGCAACAAAAUAUCAAUAAUUUAAGUCGAAUGAAACUGAGUAGUUUAAAAGGAAAAUCAUGGCAGGCAUUUGGUGAGGCAUUAACAAGUGAAUCAAGUGAUGAUGAGACUGAUAAUGAAGAUCCACUCGCUCUUCCAACAACUUCCACAAAAACUCGUCAUAAUCGAGGUUCAUUCGUUCGUCUCAAACGACGUGACAUUCCAUUAUAUGGAUACUGUCCUGAAACAGAUCCAUUUGCAAUCGUAACAUGUCGACAUUGUCGUAAAAUUCUUAAAUCAACAGCUUUAAAGCGUCACAUUGACAUGCGACAUGAUCCAAUGGUCAAAUUAGAAAAGAUUUCAGAUAAAUAUGGAAACGCAGAAAAGAUUGAGAAGAUUAAGGAUGCAGUUGAGAAAAUUUCAGUUACACAACACGCUGAAAAAUCAUCGGUGUCAAGUUCUCAAUCUUCUGAGACUUUACAGAAACGACAUCGUCAUGCUCAAAGAAAAUCAACAACAUCAGAUAAUUCAAAUGAUGCAGUUCCAAUGCAAAUUGAGGCACUACCUCAACCGCCUCCACCACCACCACCUCCAAUUCAAGUUCCAAAAAUUUUACAGCCACCAACUGUCAUUGCACCAUCAGAAUCAUCAAGUGCAAGUAAUAGUCCACAGCCACGUCGAAAGAAGCGUAAAACAAUGGUACAUCCACAACCACAGAAGCCAAUUCCAGUUGUAACAACUACAACAGCUUCACAAAUAGUUACCAACAAUACAGAAACAUUCCAAUCGACAUCAAAAGCAUCGCCGGUAUUGCAACCAACACCAUCAAUUGUUGUCAGCACUUCAGCUCCACAGCAACAGACAAUUGUGACGGCAACAGCAGCACCAACAACAUGUCGUAUAAUAAUGUCAUCGUCACCACCGCCACUUGCGCCAAUUACAACAACAAAUGAAGCACCACCAUCUGUCUGGAUUGUAACACCGUCACCGGCUGUAAUAAUUGAUGGAUCGUUUGUCAUGAAACCAUUGGAAGCAGAAAUCGACACGGAAAUUGAUUUGAAGGAUCUGAAAGUUUUAAAACCUGCUUUAAAGGAAUCACAAGCAGAGACAUCAACUCAAUUGACAGCAUCAAAUUGGUAUACAACUCAACCACGUCCAUUAGCAUUGAAUACAUUUAAUAUGAGGAAGAUAAAUACCCAACGUUAUGUAAUGGCUACACAACGUAAACUAAUUGAAUUGAAUAGAACAUUGAGACAGGAUGAUAAGAUUAUUAAUGCUGUUACAAAGGCACAGCCUAAAACAUGGAGCUUCAUUGAGCGAAGUCAAGUGUUCAUUCCAUUUCGUGUUACGCAUUAAGAUUCUCCUCAGUUUGCAUACACACAUUUACAUUAUGAAUAUGACGGGUUUCAAGCUUUUCUUUCUCAUAUAAUUUUGAAUUUGUUUUUUGUUUAUGUCGAAUUGGAAAUGCUUUUUUUUUUAAUACAGAAACAUUUCCGAUGAAUCUUAGAACUUUUGAUAGAAAAAAACUUGUUGAAUAAAAUUUAAAAGAUAAAGCAGAGUUUAGAGGGAAUUAAGGUUGUCGAGGCAAAGUUUGAAUUUCAAAAUGAAAAAACUAAAAAAUUUAAAAAUCAUUAAAUUAGGCAAAGGCAUAAACUCUGUCUGAUUAACAACAUUAAAUGAGUGUUUGUCAAAUAAUUCUAUCUUAUUAUGAAGAUCUUCUUAUUUAAAGUAUUCUGAAGAUAUUCAAACUCAAUAGAACUUCCUCUAAUUUUCUUCAACAACACUAUCCUUGUAUUAUCAUUAAGACAUAGAAACUGCUUAUUGUUAAAUUAAGAAAAAAUCAAUUCGUUUGCAUUUCUAAGUGAAGAUAAGUACGACAGGUAUAUUUGACAAAUUUUUCGAGUUCUUUCUGUAAUGAUGUCUUCAAAAAAACAGAAUUAAAUGUCCUUUGCCAAGCAAGUAGUUGACAUCAUUACAGAAUAGCUUCAAAAUAAUAAGAUCUAUAUUGCUUUUUUGAAAGAAAUACGAUUAUUAAUAAAAAAAAAUAAACAAUUAUAAUUUUUUCUUCUCUUGUUAACAUGAAAUCAGGAACAAAUUUUUAUUUUAGGCUAAAUAAUCAAUUUGAUGGCA